GUGACGCCACCGGAAGGGGCACUCAGGGCCGCGCCAUGGCCCGAAAGGCGGCUGGGAGGCCGCCAGAGGAAAUACUGUCGCUCUGGAAACGGGAGCAAGCCCUGUUGAAGACACUUGUCGUGGACCGGGACACGGAGGCGUGGCAACGGGACCCCGCUUUUUCGGGUCUGCAGAGGGUCGGGGGCGUGGAUGUGUCCUUUGUGAAGGGCGAUAGUGUCAGCGCCUGCGCCUCCCUGGUGGUGCUCAGCUACCCUGAGCUCGAGGUGAUGUAUGAGGACUGUCGAAUGGUGAGCCUGACAGCCCCCUACGUGUCAGGCUUCCUGGCCUUCCGAGAGGUGCCCUUCCUGGUGGACGCGGUGCAGCAGCUGCGGGAGAAGGAGCCCCGCCUCAUGCCCCAGGUCCUUUUUGUGGAUGGAAAUGGAGUGCUCCACCACCGAGUCCUCUGUUCACGUGGAAAAGUUCAGCAAGCCUCUGGUGUGGCCCCCAUCCCCACACUAUCUCUAAACUGCUGGGCUCACUGCCUCACCUCCCCAGCCUCAUCUUCAUCUGCCCCUGCAGGCUUUGGGGUAGCCUGCCACCUUGGUGUCCUCACAGACCUGCCCUGCAUCGGGGUGGCCAAGAAACUUCUGCAGGUGGAUGGGCUGGAGAACAACGCUCUGCACAAGGAGAAGAUACGGCUCCUGAAGGCUGGAGGAGACUCAUUUCCUCUGAUGGGAGGCUCCGGGACCGUCCUGGGCAUGGCCCUGAAGAGCCACGACCACAGCACCAAGCCCCUCUAUGUCUCUGUGGGCCACAAGAUGAGCCUGGAGGCAGCCGUGCGCCUGACCCAUGGCUGCUGCAAGUUUCGGAUCCCAGAGCCUGUGCGCCAGGCUGACAUCCGCUCCCGAGACUACAUCCGCAGGACCCUGGGAGUCCAAGGGGCCCCUGCCUUGCAGCCAGAAAGGAGCAAGAAGGCACAGAGGCCAAAGGUGUGCCCCCAGGGAGUCUCAGAAGAGCCUGCAGAUUUAGAAAUUUUCCAUUGACUUUCUGCCAUGGAGGUUGAGAGUUUGUUCCCUCUCGCGUAGCCUCUCAUACACUUUCCUUCCACCCGUCUUCUCAUUUUCAUUGAAUCAGAAUUCAACGUCUGCGUUAUUCUUUCUUUGCAUGUACUGUUCGUAGCUGAGUAAUGAAAGGUAAUUACAUCUCCUUUUUUGUACAACCUCUUGUUUUUCCUGCACGUGAUAAUUGCCUCAUGUUUUGGAUUUGGUUUAUAUUCUGUGUAUCCAUUACUUAUUCCCAAACCCUGCAAUGGAAAUAUAAAUCUCUUUUUGGUACAUUCAGAGCAUCAGGCCAUCUUGAAUUUAUUUUUUUUCGGAGCCUGUGGUAGCCAGCUUCCAAGAUGGCCUCCUGGGGCUGGUGUAGCCCUAUGGCCACACUGAACCAGGUCCGUCUGUAUGACCAAUGGAGGUGCAAAAGUGAGGGUGUGUCAUUUCUGAUACUAGACCUAAAACACAUUGGGACUUUUGUCUUGAUGGUACCCCCUCCCUCUCUCUUCCCCCCUUAUCAUUCACUUUGAGAGAAGUCAGCUGCUGUGUUGUAAACUGCUCUGUGAAUUCCACGUGGCAGAGAACUGAGCCCACCUACCAGUCACCAUGUGAGGGAGCCAUCUUGGA